AUGCCCAUAUUUCGUCCUAAGCAUCAGAAAUUGAUAUUACAAUGCUAUCCACCGGGAAAAGGUGUUGAUAAGAAACCAAAUCCAUCAGAAUUAAGCUAUUUAUUAUAUUAUGCAUCCACUCGUCGGGUUAAGUUAGAAAAAGUAGUUACAUUUUUAGAUCGGAAAACUACAUCAGAUGCUAAGCAUAAUAGAGCAGGCAAUCUUCAAGUGACAUUGACUAUUAUUUCAUCAUUGAUCGAAGAAUGUUCGGAGAAUUUGAAUGUAUUUGCUUCAUUUGUUUGCUCCAUUUUGAAGUCCGUUUUACAAAGUAAGGAUUUAUCUUUGUGCAAACAUGCCAUUCAGACAUACGGUGUUUUAUGUUCCAAGCUAGAUGGUGGCUUAUUUUCGGGGGAUAAGGUGUUUGUUGAUUCGUUCGGUAGCUUGUCACAAAACUUAAUAAAUAUUGGUAGCGAAAACCUGAAGAAACGAGGUCCAAACAAUCUAGAAUGGCAAAUGAUAUCGUUAAUGACAUGCCGAUAUAUUUCUAAUUGCUUGGGAUACAAUAGCAAAUUUAGUAAGAAGUUCAUUGAGAUUUGUAUUCCUAUAUUAACUGAGACGGUGCAUGCAAAUAACAAGCAAUCGAACUUAUUGACUAUUUUGAAAAGCAAUGUUAACAUUGAAGAUGAGAAUCACCAUCUAGGGAGGAUUGCACUGACUAAGACUAAUCAAACAAGUAGAAAAGCCCAACAAGAUUUGGACAAUGACGCAGUAAAGGACAGUGAUCUUAAUGAAGAAGCAUUGCGAGGCUUGAAGGCAUUAUUCAGUACGUCAUUGACUAGUCAGAUCUCCGAAGCUACAAGAGCUAUUGUCAAGAAUAAUUAUGCAACAACAAUAGACCCUAUUUGGGGAUGUACAUUUUUAGAAAUGUGUACGACUUGGAUCCCAGUUCAGUUAAGAUUCAUUACAUUGUCGACAGUUUUGUCGAGCCUAACUUCAUUAUCAAAUAAAUCUACAAAGAAGACUUCUAAUUACCCCAUACAAUUAUUAUAUGCGAAUUAUUGUUUGGGGUUGGUAUCAUCGGAUGUUAAUAUGAUAGGGUUAUCAAUCUCGGAUGUUAUUCAACAAAUUUUAUUCUUGCAAGCCAACUUAUUAUUAUCUCAAUCUCAUUACUUCCAAGAAGAGGAUGUCAAAAAGUUGUCUAUGAUAUAUUCCAAUUGUAUUUGCAAUUUGUCAACACAUAUAUAUUACUUUGAUCAAGUGCCAGAUUCUAUCAGGGAAAUUCUAAUCAAGGUCGUAUCUAUUCUAGAAAAUUCGGUUAUUUCGGGGAAUGCAAAUAGCUCUGGUGUUUACAGGUUCAUUAUUACGUUGCUUGAAGAUAUUUCCAUUAUUUUUGAUUUACUUCAAACAAAACCUAGCAAUAUUAGUAGAAAUCAUGUUAGUUUGGAGGACUGGGACCUUAGUUUAAUCUUAUUAUCAUCUGAGAUUGGACUCAAUCCAACCAAGGAUCAAAAGCCUUUGUUUUCCUAUGAACAAAUUACUGAUAUUCAGUUCAAAUAUUUGCGAGUUUUCGGGUAUUUUUUAAACAACGAAUUAGUUACAAGGAAUGAAAAUAUGGAAACUGGUGCAAUUAACAGUAUUGAGAGCUUUAAUGUGGGAGGGGACCAUUUACAACCUGAUUAUAACAAUUAUAUUAGUGAUCCAGGCAAUUUUAUUGCCCAUUUCUUGGGUUAUGUUGAUAAAUUCUUUUCUGGACAAUCUUUGAUUAAUAUCGAUAAUGCAAGCCUCCUCCAGAAGGUACUAAAAAACAUGAUAUUAAUUUUAGGUAUAAAUUUUAUCAAUAACUUCGUUCCAUUUUUCUUCUAUUGGCAAUUACCACUUAAUCCGAAUUUAGUGGACGAUAAUACAAGAAUAAAGGAUACAUUGGGAUAUACUCUCAUAUACCAUUCUCUUAUAAAAAUGGAUAAAAUAUAUGAACUAAACUACGUUAGAGAGUCUGAGUUUUUCAAUAGUUUAUUGGGAGAUAUUAAUUACAGAAAAUUAAACAAACUAUGGGUUAAUGGUCUUCAAUCUAAAGAAGAAGAUGCUGUUUUAGAUAAUCAUCAUGCACUUGGACAUAGAGAUGAAAAUGGCACUUUGAGGUUUAAUCCUACAAAAAAGAACUUGGAAGACUUUGUAAUCGGAAAUGCGUUUACAUUGUCUUGGAUCAAUCCUCAUAGACCUUUAAUUUUGGAUAUUGUUAACAAUUACAUUCCAAAGAAAGAGAAUAAUCAAAAUGUUUUAUCUGACAUGUCAGAUGAGUCUUCAAUUAUUGAAAAUCUGAGUUAUCAUACGUCGGCAAGACAGAAUGGGUUCGGUUUAGGAUUAGGUAAUGCAAAUGACAUCUCAUCGAUUCAUUCGGGGUUAUUAUUUCACCAAAGCCAAAAUGUUAAUAUGAAAAAUGCAUUCUCAAAUGGAAAUGAAACUUCCAAUGGGUCGAUUUACACGUCAGAUAGACAAUAUAACACGCCUCGUGUGUCAGACUUAAAAGAUAGCGUUCUAAUGAAAAAGAAACCAGGGGUUGCAUUCAAUGAGCAUUAUAAUUCUGACACCACUCCCGGGUCUAUAUUGUCGAAACAGAUGGUUACGUCCGAUAUUGAUUCAAUCCUAGAAGGAUUAGAUAUAGACGAUGACUCUGAAAUUAUUGUAUGA